AGAAAAGCAAAGAGAAUUCUAGAAGAAGUUCCAUUUAUAACCGCACCUACUCUUCAGCAUCACAACAUCACAAGUCACAACUAGCACAGCACCACACAGAUCAGAAGCACUACAAAACUUGUAACAAUGUCCUCCACAUCAAAAUCUUUAAUCCAAACACUAAAACGCUACUUCAAGAAACCUUGGGAAAUAACAGGACCACAAUCAAGUCCUGAAUAUGUACCCUCCAUACCAAAAGCUACAGAGUACAGAAUAUUCUCACCUGCAACUCCACAAGCUGAAGCUAUAGUCCCAUCAUCAAAUCCUGAGACUGUAUAUGAUAUCAAGUACUUUUCACGUGACCAAAGGCGUAAUCGUCCUCCUAUAAGGAGAAGUGUACUUAAAAAAGCUGAUGUUGAGAAGAUGAUGAAGGAGAAGACAUUUGAUGUUAAUGAUUUUCCUAAGCCGUAUUUGACUGCUAAGGUUGAGGAAGAUGAUAAUGCUAUUGGUGGUGGCUACCAGAAAUAGAAAUAGAAGAAUUCAUCAUAAAUUUUCUAUGCCAAGUCAAUGAAGAUCUGAGCAUACAAUGACCGACAGAGAUUCUUGGUUGCAGAGUUGGUGAAUUUUCUACUGUAUAUGUUGGCUCACUUCUGGAGGUGAGACAUAAUUCCAUCUCCCCAUGGAAAGGGGCAAUAAUGAAGUUUGAGGGGGGAAAAAUCAAUUAGAAAAAGACUAUUAAAAUAUUUAUGCAUUGGAGGCAGAUCAGCUUUGAUUAAUAGUGUAAUAGACGAUGCCUAUAUAUCUAAUGUUUGUUUUCCAAAUACCAGCUGCAGUUGAGAGAAAGCUGGACAAAAUUAGGAGGAACUUCUCAUAAACUUUCAUUUGGUAAAGUCGGAAAGGUUAUUCAAGAAAAAGGUGGUUGAUUAUUGGCAAGAAACCUGAUCACAUUGCAAAAGCCUUAUAUAUGAAUGGUCAUGAAGAUUAGUCAAGAUCAAAAGGAGUAUUAGAAGACUGUUUGAUUAUUGCAAAUAGGCUGAACCCAUCGGAGCCUCCUAAGGUCGGCAACAUUGUUCACCUAGGCACCUCUAUUAAGACUUCUACCAUUUAAACACCUACAGAGGGGUCCGAUCGUGUCAUUUAGACAUUUUUCGCUGAUUUGGCAAGUUGUGUGGUUUUCACAUCACACAGGCGCGUGGAAAGCCUAAAAACAUAUAUUUAUUUAUUUUUCUUUUUUUCUUUUUAAUUCUUUUUAUGUCCUCCUCCUUUAUUCUUUUCUCUUUCUUCUCCACUUAAUAUUCUAUCAUUAACAAACCUUUCACCAUUUUUAUCUCCAAUUGCGUAAGGAGCACGGCCAAGAAGAUUGGUUCAUUGGAUAAUUUUGAAUUUUUAUUUUUGGAAAAGAGAAAUUGAGAACGAAUCAAUUAAAAACAUAUAAAUUGAAAAGAGGAAGAAUGUGAGGUUAGAUUGGAGAAGUGGUGCAGGGAAGACCCAUUUAUGGAGUAUCAAGGAAUCAGGUGUUGGGAUUAAUUAUCAUGUUCCUAUCAACUCCUCUAAGUACAUUUGGUUAGAUGGGGUCUAUUUUCAACUAAAGCCCUUAUUCAGAGAAGGUGAGUGGACUGAUUCGCACGAAGCUUCAAGAGGUUUAAUGGAGUUUUGAAAUUUUAGCUCAACUUAUUCAAUUUAAAGUGUCAAAAUAAUAUUUUAAUACGAAUUUCAGCAUAAAAACACAAUAACUAUUCACUUUAAUCAAGAUUUAGAUAGCGAAUUUGAACUUCCAGAUCUGAAAGUGAUGGAUGCACAACAAUGGUGAAAGUGGAGGAGGCAAAUUGGUGGAAGUGGUGAUGGAGAGGAAAAUAAUUUUUUUAUUUUUAGUUGUUGCUGAAAAGUAUUUUUUUCUUUUCUCUUUUUUGGCAUAAUUCAUUUUUAACUAUUUUUAAUGCCAUGUGUCUUAAUUUAAUUUGUCACUUUUACAUGUCAUUGGCGAGUGUGUUAUACAUUUUUUAUAUAUUUGGCUGGUCAGCGAAAAAUUCUAAAUGACACAGUCGAGUCAUACGAUAGAUGUCUAAAUAGAACAAUGUUUAGUUGAGGUGUCUAAGUGAAAAAUCUUGACAACCACGAGGGGCCGCUAAUGGGUUUGGACUUGCAAAUAUAUCAUGUUUUCUAUAAGUAUAUGAAUUCUCCAUCAGAGUGUACUUCAAAGAGGAAUGGCAGGAAACCAGAAUUACGGCUUCAUCUUUGGUUUGACAUAUUCCUCUUAAAGAGGAGAUCCUUGAUUUAUUUGACCUUGCUGUUAAGGUGGAUGUCACUCUCCCUGUGUGUGUGUGUGUAUGUGUUUUAUAAUAAAAAGGACUGAUGUUCCAUUAUCCCGUGAAGGAAGAAGGGGGCUGAAGUCACUAUAUCACAAUGCAAACAAAAUCAUGAACAAGAGCUAAUGUUUAGAAGAAACUGGCAAAAUAUGAAUGGUGACACUUUGGUCUUUUUAGUUAGGAGCUAGAAGUAGCUAAUUCUGCUUGCUUAACCUGACUCCUUGAGAAUUGGUGAAACAUGGGGUUCUUUCUUCCUGUCAGGUCAUGUUAUACACAUUACAAGCUACUGUGAGUUUUAAGUUCUAACAAUGACUAGCCGUGAAGAUAAUUUGGUGAAAAAUGCACCUCUUAAGGUGGACUUGCUUCUGUUGUUGUCUAAUCUAUUUCAUCCAACAGACUUAGGGAUUGUGAAUUUGUGGAUUUCGUCGAUUUAGGGAAGCUUGUUCCGGUCACUUAUUUUGCAGUGUUUACAUUGUGACAUAGCAUGCAAUAUUUUCCUCUCACUUUUUUCAACUAAGCGGGUAUCACCCUUUUCAUUGAAGGGAGGCAUUUAGAGCUGGUAUGGAGGAAUAAUUGACAUAUACAGUCAGUAUUAGAAGAUUUAGGAUGCAAUUCCAGAACAUAUUUUUAGUUUGUUUGGAAGGAGAAUGUCUUGAUGCUCUGACAACAGAACUGUUUGCAGUAAAUUGUCUAAAAUAGAAAUGAUGGAAACUAUUUGCUGUGCAAAAUGAGUGUCUUAUAACUUGGGUAUACUACUAGAAUUUCUCAACUAUCUA